AUGGUGCUUGUGAAAAAUCCGUCGCCCCCUCAGAGCGAGAACACCCAACGGGAAAAUGCGAAGAAGGACAAGAAACGGGGCCGCGUGGCGUCGCGCGGCAAUAGUCCGUCGGAUGGGAUCGUGUCCAGAGGAAAUAGUCCAGGGAAACGCAGCUCCAGUCUCAAGAGGGUAGUCAAGAGCAGUUUGUUGCAGUCUCGGGGUAGCGAGACUGGUAGCAUCGAGAGGCUGGUGGACGGUGACAAGAGGGUGAUCGCCACGAAACACUUACUUCCAGAGAACAAUAUAAAUGUCGUCGUCAGGGUUCGUCCACUUAGCGGUAGGGAAGUCAAGGCGGGCGAUGACAUGGCGGUACAAUUUCCCGGAGACGGACAGAUAUACUGCGAAGGAACUCCAACGAUCGGGGACAAGAAGGGUAAAUUAUUUUCGUACAAUGUCGUCUUCGAGCCCACUGCCACGCAAGAGGACAUUCUGCAGUUCUCAGGUGUUAAGAAGCUCAUCGAAAUGGCGGUGGAGGGGUUCAACUGUACCGCGUUCUGCUACGGGCAGACUGGCAGCGGGAAAUCUCACACUCUCACGGGACCUCCGGGGAUGUUCGAAAGGAUGAAUUCUUACUCGGAGGACAAUGGCCUGGUCUUCCGGUCUUUCGUCUACCUGUUCAAGCUGCUGCAGGAACGGCGGGAGUGCAACUUUGUGUUGAGAGCCUCUUUUCUAGAGAUAUACAACGAGAAGGUAAUAGAUCUCUUGAAUCCCGGGACGUCGAGGAAACCGCUGAUGGUCCGAUGGAGCAAAAAAACCCGAGGCUUCUUCGUCGAGAAUCUUUUCACCGUCGAGUGUGAAGAGCUUGAUGACCUUCUCGCUGUUCUCGAAGAAGGGAUGAGAAACAGAUCUGUCGGCGCGCACAAUAUGAACGAUCACUCCAGCCGAAGUCACAGCAUUCUUACCGUUAAUAUCACGUCCGAGCAACAAAUGGACAACAGCGUGUUCAUCUCGAGACAGGGGAAAAUCAAUUUCGUCGAUUUGGCCGGCAGCGAGAUGACGAAGAAGACGCAGAGCGAGGGUAAAACCUUAGAAGAGGCGAACAACAUCAACAAGAGUCUGAUGGUUCUAGGCUACUGCAUAUCCUCUCUGAGCGAUGGGAAACGAAAGGGUGGUCACAUACCCUAUCGGGACAGCAAGCUGACCAAACUUCUCGCCGAUAGUUUAGCGGGAAACGGCGUGACGUUGAUGAUCGCAUGUGUCUCGCCAGCACGAUCGAACGGUAGUGAGACGUUAAACACGUUGAGGUACGCGGCGAGGGUGAAGAAAAUUCGAACCAAACCGAUCGUGGUGAUGGACCCUCGAGAAGCGUUGAUUUUAAGCUUGAAACGCGAGGUGGGAGCUCUUCAGACCGAAAACGAGCAUCUCAGGGCGGCUCUUCAUCUGAACGGCGACGAUCAGAAUGUGGUCCGAAGCGAGUCCAAAGCCGAGAGGAAAAUUCCGUUAACACCGCCGGUGGUAGAUCUGGACAAGCUGUCCGAAAUGGAACGACCGGAACUCAGCCAGCUGAUACACGCGUACAUCACCGAGAACGAGGCGCUUCGUCGCGAGAACGCCGAACUGUAUGCCACCAGGGAGCAAGUAAUACGGGACCAGGAGCUCGUAUGCAGGGAGAAUGAACGGCUACUGAAGAAAUUGGAAGAUGUGAACUCAGUGUGCUGUCGUUCGCCGAUCAUACCAGCAAGACCGACGUAUUCCGCGGAGAUGCUGAACGACACCACCAACGAGGAUGCACCGGGCGCGACCAAUGUCUGGACGAAUCCAAACGUGGAACCGAUGCCCCUUUCGAGCGAUAUGAUCAGGCGUGGACUGUACAGAUCAGCGAGCAACAUGCCGGAGAAAAUUCAAAAGGAACUGGACAAACGACGUAUCGUCGGUAGCUACAAUAACAUAGCCGAAGCAUACAAGGACAAGAGCCAGCAUCGACGUCACAAUUCCUGGGACAACGGAAACGGUGUAAUGAGAAUGAGUCCGGAUCAAACGAUGUCACCGAUACACGUUGAUCAGCAUAUGAAGACGAAGACGCGUCGCACCUCGACAGUACCCGAGGAAAGAAGACCGUCGGAGACCAACGAGCUUCUAGGUGAACCGGUCCAACCGACCGAUCAUUUCAACGAAUCCCCGGACUCGAUCCUCAGCGGUUCACUGGAGAUGGCGAACUCCGCCCCGGACACGGCGGAAUCGGAGGCGCCGACCGCGCCGUUUCCACCGGUAUCGCACACCUCAUCGCCGUUCGGGACUCCGGAACCUGAUGGGACGACCGCGAUUCGUUCGAUGCAUUUCCAGGGGAACGCCAAGGGAAAGGAGGAUGAAACCUCGGAAAGGGCAUUCGGUAGUCCUGUCCCUAUAGACGAAGACAAACCCCUUUGA